AUGUCAGCACCAAUGCCGUAUCGCAGUGCAACGAAUAAUCAGCAAUAUGUAGGCUCCUUUCCACCUCCGAUGUAUUAUCGUGAUACGUAUGGCUUACAGAAUUUACUGCUAUCAGAUGCGCAAUUAGGUGCACAACAACAGCAAUCAGUACAUAACUACAAUACUACCUCAUUAUCAUCGCCACAUCAUCGUCGCUUCACUGAUUCUGUUACUACCGUUGAAUCUGAUGAUACCGCUACCACUAAAUCUACUGUACGAACGACCGUUAAUAUACACAAUCCGAAUCUAAUGAUCGACAGUUCAACGUCAAAAGGAACUGCUAUGACACAGUCUUUUCACGUUGAACAAAUGGUAACAAAUCAAGUAUUAUUAUCAAAUGCUCGAACACUUUUAACACUUUGCUUAGUGGCUUUUGGCUCUGCAUUACAACUGCUGGUUUUCGCAAUAAUAUGCCUUUUUUAUGAUGGUUGUCCUUACUACUGUGCCAUUAUUGCGAGUUUCAUUUUCAUGCUGAACGCUUCAACUGUUUUAUAUUUCAUUCGUUACAAACCAACCAAACGGUUCUUGGUCAUGUACGGUGAAGAUAAGAAAAUUCGAGGACAAGGAUGGAGCUAUUACGAGGAGAAUCUGCUUGAGACGAAUCGGAUUGUAACAAACACACGCAUUGCAAUGUACAGCUUGCAUAUGGUUUUAACACCUGUACAAGCACUGUGUUGUACGGGAAUAUUAUGGAUUCUUUACAAUAAUCUACGUUCCAUUCAAGAUAACGCUGUCACUAAAGGAUUCUUCUUCAGUCAACCACCAAUGGGACAUCAGACUGUCUUAGUACCGAUUGAACUAAAACAAGUGGAAACAUUGGAUGAAAGUGAACCAGAAAAUGCGUCAAUUGGAGUUCAGACAAGCGGUAAUCAAAGUAAUAAAGAUACUAAUUGGAGCUAA